GUCGGGUUAUUCCCGUUUGAUGCCAUAUGCUAUUAUUUUAUAUAUGAGAUCAAGAUCUAUUUACAAUUUGCAAUUAUUAUUUAGUCAAACAUGCGUGUGAUUUAUUUUUUAAUGCAGAGUCGUUAUUUUGACUGCGACGAGAGCGAAGAUUACAGCUCAGACGACAGCGAGACCGCAACCCGUUAUGUUGUGCCGGCGUCGGCUCCCUCUGCUCAGGAGUAUGCGGACGACGAAGACGAUGAUGAAGUCUUCGUCGACUCUGUACCAGGGGACAAUACAUCAACAGAUAUGUUGCUUGAUGCCAAAGAGCCUGCCAAGAUGUCCGUUACGUCUGACGAGAUGGAGUUGGAAGAAGAUGGCGAUAUGCAAUUAGAGGUCGCAGCCGGUACACCUGUACUACUUAAUUACCUACUAACUCAUCCCAUUACAUGCUCUAUACAAUAACGCUUCUGUUACUCUAUGAUUACAUUAGGGUGGAUUCACAUUUGUGAUCUAUUUGCGUACAGACCAGUACUAUUAUAUAAGUAGUAUAGGUAAAAUUCCUAUGCACAGAAUAGAGUAAGCUAAAGCCGAUUGAUACGAGUAGGUGCCAUCCAAGAACAUUAAAUAUAGUACGUAUGUGCCAUCCUUUGAAUGUAUACAUUAACCUUACAUAAAAUUACAUGGUUUUAUUGUAAUUAAAUAAUUAAUUGUUAUUAAUAAAAUAGGUAUUAAAAAUAAUGGAUAUAUAUGUGCACUGCUUUGUAUACGUUUAUCAUUUUACACAUACCUACAUUAUUUUGUAUGGUAUAAGGUGUAUACGCUGUGGUAAUAAAGAAACAGAACGCCAAGUUCCUCUGUUGUACUUAUGUGAAUUUAUUGUCAGUAUUAUAAGUAA